CGGGCAACGCGAGCUUUGCCCGGCACGACGCGCAGCCUUUAUCCCGUUAGAAACUUCAACCAGCGGCCACCCCAAGAGAGCCCUUUCUUUUUCCAGGCCACUCCCACAGGGCGGGGCCGCUCCCGGAAAGAGGUCCGCGCGCUCUCCCAGGCAGCGCCCCGCUCGGGCCCAGGGCAGGGCGAGGGUCGCAGGACAGCCGCGAGGUCCGCCCCGGCCCGCGCAGGGAGUCUGCGCGUGCGCGCUGGUCGGCCUGGAGCGCGCGUCCGGCGCGGAGGGGCAGCGGAGGCAGGGCCGCGGCGGCUCACAGGGUGUCCCCGCCCCCCGCCCCCCGGCGUUUCGCGGUCGCCGUGACAACCGGAGCGGCGGCAACGGCUGCGGGCGCGCGAGUCCGGCGCCGCCUCCCGGCCGCACAGCCAGCCAGGCAGGCAGCCGCCGCCUGGCUUUGCAGCUCUCCCCGCCUCCUGGCCCGCGGGGAGGGACCUGCCCGCCCUCCGCCCGCCCGCCAGCCCGCGGGAGAGUGAGCGGCGCCCGGGCUGCCCCGCCAGCCCGCCGAUCCCUGGUCACCGUCCGGCGCGCGCAGCGAGCAGGCGCGACUAUGCCAAGAUGGUCCUGCAGGCGCGGAACAAGCACCGAGAGGCGGCCCCUAAGCCGCCCCGCGCCUCCCGGUCGCCGCUGAGAGCGGCGCCGGACGCUGGCGCUGAGGAACCCGGGCCCGAGCGUGCGCCUCCGUCACCCGGGCGCAAGGGCGCCGCGGGCAGGAAGGGGCCCCGUGCCGAGCCCGUCGCGCCGCCCGCCGGGGGCGGCCUCCGGGGACGCCUGGCGGCCGGGCUGCGCGGGGCGCUGGGCCUGCGGCGCGCGUCGCGCGUCCGGACCUGGACCACGCUCUUGCUAGCUGCCUUUGCAGCAGUAUUGCACUGGAGCCAUAUAACACACCUCUUUGAAAAUGAUCGUCAUUUUUCUCACCUCUCAACUUUGGAAAGGGAGAUGGCUUUUCGCACUGAAAUGGGACUAUAUUAUUCCUAUUUUAAGACUAUUGUGGAAGCACCUUCAUUUUUGAAUGGAGUAUGGAUGAUUAUGAAUGAUAAGAUGACUGAAUACCCUCUUAUUAUUAAUACAUUAAAAAGAUUCAAUCUUUAUCCUGAGGUAAUCUUAGCCAGCUGGUACCGGGUUUAUAUCAAAACAAUGGACUUGAUUGGUAUUCAAACCAAGACAUGUUGGACCGUUACCAGAGGUGAAGGACUCAGUCCUAUUGAAAGCUGUGAAGGAUUGGGAGAUCCUGCUUGCUUUUAUGUUGCUGUGAUUUUUAUUUUAAAUGGACUUAUGAUGGCAUUAUUCUUCAUAUAUGGCACAUAUUUGAGCGGCAGCCGGUUAGGAGGCCUGGUUACAGUGUUAUGCUUCUUUUUUAAUCACGGAGAGUGUACCCGUGUGAUGUGGACACCACCUCUCCGCGAAAGCUUCUCAUAUCCAUUCCUUGUCCUUCAGAUGUUGCUUGUGACUCAUAUUCUCAGGGCUUCAAAACUUUAUAGAGGAAGCUUGAUUGCACUCUGCAUUUCCAAUGUAUUUUUCAUGCUUCCCUGGCAGUUUGCUCAGUUUGUACUUCUUACUCAGAUCGCAUCAUUAUUUGCAGUAUAUGUUGUGGGAUAUAUUGAUAUAUGCAAAUUGCGGAAGAUCAUUUAUAUACACAUGGUAAUGGUNGCACUUUGUUUUGUUUUGAUGUUUGGAAACUCAAUGUUAUUAACUUCUUAUUAUGCUUCCUCCUUGAUAAUUAUUUGGGGUAUACUGGAAAUGAAACCAUAUUUCCUGAAAAUAAAUGUGCCUGAACUUAGUUUAUGGGUUAUCCAAGGAUGUUCUUGGUUAUUUGGAACUGUCACACUGAAGUAUUUGACAUCUAAAAUCUUUGGCAUUGCAGAUGAUGCUCACAUUGGCAACUUAUUGACAUCAAAAUUCUUCAGUUACAAGGAUUUUGAUACUUUAUUGUAUACCUGUGCAGCCGAGUUUGACUUUAUGGAAAAGGAGACUCCGCUGAGGUACACAAAGACGCUGUUACUCCCAGUUGUUCUCAUCGUGUUCAUUGCGGUUGUCGGAAGGAUUAUUAGUGACAUGUGGAAUGUCUUAACUAAACGACAAACACAUGUAAGAAAACAGCAGUUUGAUCAUGGAGAGCUAGUUUAUCAUGCAUUGCAACUCUUAGCAUAUGCAGUCCUUGGCAUUUUAAUCAUGAGACUAAAACUCUUCUUGACACCACACAUGUGUGUCAUGGCAUCCUUGAUCUGCUCAAGACAGCUAUUUGGAUGGCUCUUCUGCAGAGUACAUCCUGGUGCUGUUGUUUUCGCUGUAUUAGCAGCAAUGUCAAUACAAGGUUCAGCAAAUCUACAAACCCAGUGGAAUAUUGUAGGGGAGUUCAGCAAUUUGCCACAAGAAGAACUUAUAGAAUGGAUCAAAUAUAGUACCAAACCAGACGCAGUGUUCGCAGGUGCAAUGCCCACAAUGGCCAGUGUGAAACUCUCUGCUCUUCGACCUGUUGUGAAUCAUCCACAUUAUGAAGAUGCAGGUUUGAGAGCCAGAACGAAAAUAGUAUACUCAAUGUAUAGUCGAAAACCAGCUGAAGAAGUAAAGAGAGAAUUGAUAAAAUUACAAGUGAAUUAUUACAUUCUAGAAGAGUCCUGGUGUAUAAGAAGAUCCAAGCCUGGUUGCAGUAUGCCUGAAAUCUGGGAUGUGGAAGAUCCUGCUAAUGCUGGGAGACCUCCCUUAUGUAACCUCUUGGUGAAGGAUUCCAAGCCUCAGUUCACCACUGUAUUCCAGAACAGUGUUUACAAAGUCUUAGAAGUUAUAGAAGAAUGACUGCUGCCUACAGAGAAGUACAUCAGUAAUGGUUUUAAUGUUUUGCUGAUAGCUCAUGCCUUGUUUUUAAUUCAAAUCCCAAAAACUUUUAUAGGUAACUGUUUUCAAAUAGAAAACAUUUUAUUUGGUCAGUUUGAAUGUCAUUCUGAUUGUAAAACAUUUAAACCUUUGUCAGUUGGUUAUUGUUUCAAUGCACCCCUUAAAAUUUGCUAUGCAAAUGAGUAUAUGCUUGCACUUGACUUAAACAUUUGUGCUGAAGUGAGCAAAGCCGCAAGUAUAAAAGCUAUGAUGAGUCAUGACAAGGAUGAUAUGAAAAUAUGGUCAGUUUGAACUACCGAGGGGCUUCUUUUACAGAUUAUGGACUAUUGAUGCCCCUUGCUUCUUUUUCUGCCUCUUGCACUUGUCUUUGGACAUUUCAGUAAUUACCUUAGUCCUGUUGGUCCCUGUCAUCAGCAUCACUAGGAGUAGGUGGGGCAGACAUUUGCUAUGUGGAAUUAUUUGUUUAUUUCACUUCUUCGUGUUCUUUUGUUCUCUGUUGCUCUUGUUAAGGAUGCAUUUCCUGCCCAUGAUUAAGCCAAACUCUUAGACCUAGUGGUCAGGAUCAAAUUCUUUAACUAUGUCCAUGUGGCUUUAGGGCGUCCUCUUUCUCUCUCCCAGCAUUCUUUGUGAAAGAAGUGUUGUUUACUCAGUUUCUGUGCUUAUCAAGUACUUAUUCUUGGUUAAAAAAAUGUAAUGGCACUUGUGUAUUUUUCUCAUUUUUAGUAUUAUUCAAAUAUUUAUAUUUUAAUACCUUUAAACCACUUAAAAUUUUUCAUGUUUAAUUGUAGUUUAAGAAAAACUAUUUUGAACAACACAGGUUUAAUGCAUCUAGAAACUAAUGUAUAUUUGCAUAGACAUAAUUUAUAGUAUAAUAGUAGACUACAGUAUGUGUUUUCUUUUACUAUAAAGAUACAAUAAAAUGAGACUAAUUUUUCUGUCAAAAAAUAAGUACUGAUAAGUGAAUGGAAUUUUUAUAUUUUACUUUUCAAAUUGCCUGUCUUUAGUAAGACAAAGCCUUAAGCCUUAUGUUUUAAUUUUGGUUCAAAAACCAUCAUUUCAGUAUGAGGAAUGAAUGUAUACAUCCUUCCUCUCUGUUUCUUUCUUUACUUUUCUUUUGAAAAAUUUCUAAACCUGCUUUGAAUUCCUAGUGUGAAUUUUUCUUAGAAGUUAAUUUGUGUGAAAUGAGAUUCUUCAAAACAGUGAAUCCUCAUAGCUCUGAAAUGGUUUUAAGAUUUUAAAUUCUAAGCAAACCAUGACUCUAGGCAGAGUACACAUUUAAUUAUACAGUGUUCUCUUUAUUAACCACAGGCAGAUUAACCUCAUUGUGGAUUGUCCUUGAGACCUGAGUCCUCAGGGAUGGUUUCCGGUGCCCACUCCUGGUAGCCACUGAAGAGCUGUUCUUUUUUUGCCUUGUCACUAGAGGCCAAGGACAAGCCUUGUCUCGCACUAGCUUGCUUAGAGCAGACAGCUGCAAAGGCAGCCCCUGCUGCGGGGUGUGCAGCCCCCAGCCUGCCCCAGAGCCCACGUUCCCGGGGAGCCUCCUUCCAGCCUGAGAUUCUUCAGUAUCUUUAGGUGCCUGCCCCCUCUUUGUUGCUUGCUGGGUGACUUAUCUGGGAGAGCUUUUGCCAGUUUCAGAAAACAGGGAAGCCACUGGUGAGUUGUGGAUUAGGAAUAGAAUCUGAGUGAUGAUGCAGCAAUCCAGAGAAAUGAGAAGAGGGCACUUGAGGCCAAGGAGGAGGAGGCGCAUCACUGGGUGGGCAGGGGGCACGUGUGCUCUGCUCUAGCUGUGGAUUUGGGUGCAGCUCUCACCCAAAUAUGGCUGUUUUGUACAUCUAGCAGUUAAUUUUUUUUUAAUCAUACUUUUCAACUUAUUCUCUAUUUUUCUCACCCUCCGAGAAUUCCCUUCCUGAUAAGGUCACAUGUAAUGACUGGAAAUUCUGUACAGGAAAAACAUUUAAAUACUGCUCUAACUAUUCCAUAUUGCUGUGAAAAGUUUAGACUAGUCAAAUUUGGUUUUCCUUUUUUUCCAAAAGAAUCCUUUUGUAAUGGUAUUUAUUAAUGUAGCUCCACCAGCAAGUUACGAUUAUGUUUUAGGCCAGUCAGUUUAGAAUGGAGGCCUUGGGCUGCAUUGCACACUCAGCUUUGGUCCUAUCUGGUAGCAGCCGGUGCUGUAAAUUAUAAAUAUCUUUUAUGGCAACACAGAGUAGUACUAGGUUCCAUAUACAUGACAAAGCAGUAUUAAAGCCCAGUAUUUUAUGCAUUUUUAGCAUUUAAAAAUAUUUUCGCUUUACUGUGAAGAAUGUAAGGAUGGGCAAGAAGGUGAUACAAGUGGCUAUGGCUAUUACACACAGGAAAGCUGGGGCAGUAUUUCUAUAGAAAGAUAAGCUCCUAAAAAUGCUUAGCAGGAAAAGUAUAGUGUUAAAAAUAGGGCAGUGAUGUUAAGGAGGAAAAUGAAAGGACGUAUCAGGAAUAAAGUGAUAUUCCAUAGGAUUAUUGUAUUUUUAUGAAUUUUAUGCCAGUUGUUUACAUGUAUUACUAUGUAAAAUAAAAAAAGAUCAUGAAAAAUA